AUCAGAGAGAGGCCAGGUCACACUUGAUAAAGGCAGCUUUUCUCAGGAAGAAGAGGCGUCCCAAACUCACGGAAAGACAAUCUCUCAGGCUCCCAAUUAAAAUCAUCCCUCCCAGGAUGGAGAAGAUGGCCAUGAAGAUGUUGAUUGUGUUUGCCCUUGGAAUGCAUGACUGGUGGUGCUCAGGCUUCCCGGUGUAUGACUACGACCCCUCCACCCUGAGGGAGGCCCUCAGGGCCUCUGUGGCCAAGGUGAAUUCCCAGUCGCUGAGUCCGUAUCUGUUUCGGCCGUUCAGAAGCUCGUUAAAGAGAGUUGAGGCUCUGGAUGAGAACAAUUUGGUCAUGAGUUUAGAGUUCAGCGUUCGAGAGACUACAUGCAGGAAGGAUUCUGGAGAAGACCCAUCCACGUGUGCCUUCCAGAGGAGCUACAGCGUGCCAUCCGCUGUGUGCAGAAGCUCCGUGCAGGUGUCCAUGGAGCAGGUGCAGAGCGUGCGGGCCCGCUGCAGCUGGGCCUCCGUGUCCGACUCCUACAGCAGCGAAGAGAUGAUUUUUGGAACUAUGUUAGGAUCUCAUAUAUGGAGGAAUAAUGAUCUCUUUGGUCUCAUUUCUGACGAAUCCAGAAGCGGACAAUUUUAUGAUCGGUCACUUGAGAUCCUGAGAAGGGCUUUUCCUCCUGGAAAUAGGAGGUACCCAAACUAUCGGCACAGAGCAAGAAUAGCUGCUGGCCUGGAGUAACAGGCUGGAGGAAAACACAUUGGAAGGAAGAGAAGUCCCAACGAAGAAAGAUAUUAGAUCAAUUCUGUGAUUGUUCUUUUGAUCAGUUCAGGUCUGUAAUAAAUGCCUUACUUUUUCCUGCAA